UGCUAUAGCAUUGGAACUAUGCAGAUCGCGCCUCGGUUCGUCAAUAGCUUUGAUCUCAACGAUAUUAAGACUUCUUCCAAACAACCAUCGGUGCGAUCACAUGUAGCUCGAUAUCAGUGGAAGACACACAAACGGGCGGCCCAAAAGAAGGGGGCUCGAGAACAAUUUCUGCCAUAUCGAGUCGAACUUUCUAUGGGCUUUCAAAGUGGUGGAGCCGGAAAUGCUUCUCUAGAAACGGAAAUCCGAAUACCGCGACUACUUGGCGGCUGUCGAGUUGAUCCCUUUCGUUCAUAUCCUGUGUGGAAGCCGUAUCUCCCACUUGUUAUUGAUCACUUGAGUAUGGCAGUGGACAUUCCAGAGAUCGACGGGCCUUUCAACCGCGGUCUGCUCCGCACACGAUGGUUCUCAUUAGCUAUAUCUAGCAAUGCACUGUUUUUAGUGAUAUUAUUGCUUUCUACCUCUCACUACGCGGCUUCUCACAAACACGACAAGUUGAAAGUCGAUCUCUUCCAGCUACGCUAUGAGGCUGUGUGGUCCAUUAACCAGGCACUCGAGACUAGUCAUCAGACAGUGGAUGACACCUUGAUUGGCGCCGUCGCCAAAAUGGCUAGCUACGAGGCUAUGUUCGGCACGCUUGACACAUACGAUAUGCAUAUGCAAGGGUUAUCUCGGAUGAUCGAGCUACGUGGAGGACUAUGCUCUUUGGGCCUAAAUGGCCUUUUACAGCGGAUUGUGGCUCUCAUCACUGGAGGUGCAAAGAACUUAGGCGCCGACAUUGCUCGAGAACUGGCUGGUCUGGGCGCCAACCUUGCCCUUCACUACAAUUCAGACAGCACCAAGCCGGAUGCUGUGAAUCUUGAGAACGAACUAAAACAGAAAUUCCCGUCAAUCAAUGUUAUCUUCUACCAAGGUGAUCUGACCACAGCCAGUGCUGUCGGCAAGCUUUUCCAGGACGUCGUGGGUGAUUUCCGGAAGGUCGAUAUUGUCGUCAAUACCAUUGGAAAGGUGCUCAAAAAACCUAUAACGGAAAUCAGCGAGGCGGAAUACGACUCAAUGUUUGCGAUUAAUUCCAAAGCUGCCUUUUUCAUUCUCAAGGAGGCAGCGGCUCACGUUACCGAUGGAGGUAAAAUAAUUACCAUCGUGACAGCCCUUUUAGCAGCCUUCACUGGCUUCUACACGUCUUAUGCUGGCAGCAAGGCUCCAGUCGAGCACUUUACAAAGGGCGUGAGCAAAGAACUCCAACAGCGUAGCAUCAGUGUUAACGCUGUUGCACCUGGGCCAAUGGAUACACCAUUUUUCUAUCCUCAGGAAUCUCCCGAGGCUGUUGCUUUUCAUAAGUCUAAUGGAAUGGGAAAUAGGCUUACCAAGACUACUGAUAUUGCACCGUUAGUCCGCUUCCUAUGCACGGAAGGGGCGUGGAUUACUGGGCAAACUAUCUUUGCCAAUGGCGGAUAUACAUCUCGUUAA